AUGAUGAAAAUUAGUAAAGAUAAACGAAAUAUACGAUAUGAAUAUGAAUUAGACAAAUUAAAAAAAAGAAAAAAAGAUAAUAUUUUAAUUUUAAAUAUAAUAAAUAACAAGAUAAAUUAUAUUUGCUAUAUAUUAAAAAGUGAUUAUAGAAAUAUAUUAAAUGACAUAAAUUAUGAGAGUAAAAAUUCAAUAGAAACAUGUUUUUAUUAUUCAAAAGCUUAUAUAACAUUUUUACUUUUAUAUUACCCAUAUAUUCAUAAUUAUAUAAAAUGUUUAAGAAAUAAUAAUUUAAGAAUAUAUAAAAAUUUUUAUAAGCAUAUAUUAAAAUUGCCAAAUAAUUUUUAUACAUUAAUAUUCAAAUUAAAAAUACUAGAUAUAAUAAAAGAAAAUAAAUGUUCAUUAAAUUCGAGUAAUGAUAUAAAUUAUAUAAAUAAGAAUACCCAAGAAUUUGGUAGUAACACAUUUUUUGAAAAUACAAAUAAAGGAUAUAGUAACAAUAGUUACAUUGAUAAUAAUGUAGGAGGUGUAGCUAAUUUUUAUAAAAAUUCGCCUUCAUCUUCCCAACUUGUAUUAAAUACUCCAAAUUUUUAUGACAGCUUUUCAAAAAAUAAUUUUAUAAAACUAUUAUUUUCCAGAAUUUAUAAAAAAAAAUAUCAUAAACCAAUAAUAAAAAUACUUGAGCUUAUCUUAUUUUAUCACUCCUUACCGUCUUUUUCAUUUUCACAUAAAUUUUUUCAAAAAUAUCAUAACAAAAAAAGAAAUAAUGGAACAGAUUGCAAGCAAUAUAAAUUUAGUAAAAAUAAACAUUUUAAAAAAUUAUAUUUCAAAACACCGUUUUUUAAGCAUGUUAUUAUACCGACUGUCUAUUUAAAUGAGGAUUGUAAAAAUGUGGACAUGUUAGUUAAAAAAAAACUUGUUAAAAUAAAAAAAAAAAAAAUAAGAAAUAAAAAGAAAAAAAAAAAAAAAAAUUUGGCAGCAAAGGUAGAAGAAGAGAAUUCUGAUGAUUCAUUAACAGAAAAUACUGGAAGUGAUAUUAGUGAAAAAAGUUUAAGUUGUUUAAGUAAUUCAGAAGAUGAAAGGGAAGUGAAUGAAUUUUUAAAAAAAGAAUUUAACUAUGAUAUUAAUCAAAAUAAAAACAACAAACCUAAUGAUACUAACUCUUUUAACAAUUAUAAUGGACAAGGUGAAGAAACAAUAUCAAAUGAUAUUAUAAAUGAUGAUCAAAUAAAUGCUUCAUCAGUUUUAGAUUCUACACAUAACGAAAAUGUAUAUACGACCAAAAUAAACCCUCAAAAUGGAAAUAAUGAUGAGGGGAAAUUUUCACAAACAAAUGAUAUAUCUGAUAAUUUUAUAAAAUUUUUAUAUAAUUAUAAAAAAAACAAUAAAUCAUUAAAAAAUAUAGAAUUACUAUAUGGGAAAUACGUACUUGAUGAUAUACAAAAUUUUAUAUUAUAUAGAAAAAGCAAAGAAGAAUUUAAUAAUAACACUAAAAAUAAUAGCAAUAAUCAAAGAAAAAAAAAAUAUAUUUAUCAAGUUUGGAAAGAUUUAAUAAAUUUUGAUGAUGCUGAUGAUAAUAAAAAUACUUUAAUACAUAAAGCUUGUUUAGUUUCAAAUAUAAAUAUAAUAUUUAUUUUAUUAAAUUUAAAUGUCAAUCUAAUUGUUUAUAAUGAUAAAUCAGAACUCCCUUUACACUGUACUAUAUAUGGAACUAAUAAAUACAUCUUCUUAUUACUUCUUCACAAUACUAUUGAAUAUAUAUUUUUUUAUUACAUAAAAUUGCUUGAGGAUAAAAAAAAUGAAAAGAAAAAAAAAACGAUAAAUAAUCAAAAUGGCAAAACAAGCACAGUUGGCAAUUCUAAUACCAUGAUAAAUAAUAAUGAAGAAAGCGACGACAAUCAAAAUGGAGUGCAAAAUAUAAACGAAGUUAGUGAUAAAACAGAUAUAACAAAUAAUGAUAUAGAAAAUGAUCAAAGUGCUAUUCAAAAUUCUCAUAUGAAGAAUAAACAAAAAAAUAUAUAUUAUAUAAAAAAUAAUUUUUUCUACCACAAAAAGAUAAAUAAUAAAUUUGUUUGUACAAUUGUAAAGUUAUAUUUAAGUUUAUUUGUAAAAAUUAUUGAAUUAGGAAAUUAUGAAUUUUUAAAGAUUAUGUUUAAUUAUAAUAAGCAUAUAUUUUGUUAUAUAUUACAAAACCAAGAAAUGUUGCAUUUUCUUUGCUCCUUUGCUCGUAUGUAUAAUUCUCUAAAUUUGUUUAUUAAAUUUUGUAAUAACAUUUUUUCUUUUGAUAUUGUUAAGGAAAAUAAAAAAAAUCCCAAAAAACGAUCUAAUACUGAGGCAGAAUUUAUUGAAGAGGAAAACGCUAGUAAAAAAAUGAAGUCUGGCAUAACUAUUGAUACAGAUAAUAUCGAAACGGAGCAAUUUGAUUCUGUUUCUGUAAACAUAAAUGAAGGGGAGAAUAAAAAUAGUAUAAUAAAAUUAUCCCAAAAUGGUGGAGGAAAAAAAAAAGAUUUUAUAAAUAAUUAUGUGAUAAAAAAACAAACAGAUAAAAGAAAUAUGAUAGAAAUAUUUUACUCACAUGAAUGUGCUAAACAUAUAUUUGUCCCUGAACCAACUGAUUAUCCAUAUAUGCGAAAUCGAAUUAAAAAUAGCAUACCCGAAAAUUCAACAAGAUUAGAUGUUUUAAUAUCUAAUAAACAUGGAAUAUUAAAAUUAAAUACUUUUGUAAAUUUUAAAAUUAAAAAAAUUCAAAGAAAAGCUACAGCAUUAGAUGUUUUAAGAGUGCAUGAUGUAUCAUAUAUAAAGAUGUUGUUACAAAAAAUGAAAAAAUUAAAUUACUACAAUACUAAUGAUAAAUUUGAUAACUUUUUAGAACCUUCAAAAAAAAACAUUAAAAAUUAUUUAGUAUUGCCUGAAUAUUAUAGUGAAUCACCAAAUAAUGACAAUAUCCCAGAUCAUAUCAAAAUGUUAAAAAAUAAUAAUAUUAUAAGUAGUAUGUAUGAAGGAAAUCUAAGUAGUUCUACUAACCACAGGGAUAAUAAUAAUGGCCCAUCUGAUAAUUGCAUUGACAAUUGUGAGGUUAAAAAAAGUGGCUAUAAUGGAGUGUAUGAAAAAGAAUUAGAUAGUGGUAUAAACAGUAGUAAUAAUAUAACUGAGGGAAAAAUAUCGAGCUAUAAUAGUAGCAGCAUAACUGCAAUACAAAGCCCAGAAAAAAAAUUGAUCACCAAAAAAUAUAGCAGCAAUAAUAGUAUUUUUAAAGAGAAAUAUGAUAAACUAGUUUUAAUAGAUAGUGAUACAUUUGUUAAUAAACAUUCAUUUAAUUGUGCAUUAAAUGCAAGUGGUGUUGUUUUAAAUGCUGUUGAUUAUAUAUCGUCAAAAAAUUAUAAAAAAAAUAAAAAAAAAAUAUUUUGUGUAGUAAGACCACCAGGACAUCAUCUUGGGACAUUUGGCGCAGCUCAAUUUAAUCAAACAGAUGAAGAUAAAGCAGCAGGUAGUCAAGGUUUUUGUUUAAUAAAUAAUAUUGCUAUAGGUAUAUCAUAUGCAAAAUAUAAAUAUGAAAAAUAUGAAAGAAUAGCAAUAAUAGAUUUUGAUGUACACCAUGGGAAUGGAACAGAACAAAUUAUAAGAAAUAUCGGAUUAAAAAAAAUAAAAAUUAAUGACUACAUUGAUAUUUAUAGUUGGAAAGGAUGGAAAGAUAAAAAUGAUAAGAAAAAUAUAUUUUUUAGUUCUAUACAUGCAUUUGAUGGUUAUUUUUAUCCCGGAACAGGUUAUGAUACUGUUGAGUUAGAACCAUAUAUAAUAAAUGUAACAUUAAAAAAAAAUAUGGAUGAAAAUGAUUUUUUACAGUUAUUCCAUAAUAAUAUAUUAAUACAUUUAUACCAUUUUAAGCCUGAUCUAUUAUUUUUAUCAGCUGGUUUUGAUGGGCAUAAAUUAGAUUAUGUAAACAAUGGAUUUGUUAAGAAAAAUACAUCAACAUAUUUUUAUCUAACUAAUCUUAUUCUUUCAUUACAAAAUAAAUUACAUUUUCCUAUUAUUAGUGUUUUAGAAGGUGGAUAUAAUACAUCAAAUGAUAUGGCAUCUGUUUUUAGCUUAUCAGUCCUUGAACAUAAUUUAUCUUUUUAUUACAACGACAUAUCAUUUUUAUCACGUAGAAAAAAAAACAAAUCGAAAACUAAUAUCAUCGAAAAAAAAUGUACAAAGAAAGGAAAGAAAAAAAAUGUAUUAAAAUUUCCACAUAUAUGUUUAGGAAAAAGCAAAAUGGAAGACAUGUUUAAAAAUUAUUUUUCCGUUUUUAAAGAAAAAACCAAAGAAACUGCAAAUUUAAAUUUAACAAAUAAAGUAGUUGAAUAUCAUAAAUAUAUUAAAGAGUAUGAUCAAAAAGAAAAUGAAAUGAAAAAAAAAAUGUCAAAAUUUUUAAACAAAAAUAAAUUAUAUUUUCAAAAUAUCCUAAAUGAUACUAAUUUACUUUCUACAAGUAUAAAUAUAAAACUACCAUUCGAAUCAUAUUUUUAUCAAGUUUUAUCUCUUUUAAAAAUCAAAUUUAAAAAUAAAAAAUGUUUAAAAAAAAAAAAACAGUUAUUGUCACAAGACGCUAAUCGAUAUUUCUCUAUUUUGAACAACCCUUCCGACAUUCACAAUUUAAAAGCUGCCUAUAUUCAACAGCAUCCCGAUACAAAAUUUGAGUUAAAUAAUUUAUGGAAUCACCUAAAAAAUUAA